CGCUAUCGAAUAGUCCCUCUUUCUGUUGYCAUGGUUGUCAAGAAGUACCUUUGCGCAGCACCGCGUCCAGAAUCAUGGGAAGAAAAGGCCGAAGCGCUUUUAAAAUCCCUUGAUGGCGAUAAGGCGAAGCGUGAGGAGGUGGCYCGUCAAACGCUCGCUUUGUUGAAAGAACGACGGUAAGUACUUCUUUGGAUAGAUUYGUAGAUGGCCCAGUGAAUGCAAGAAUCAACAGUUCAUAGAUGAGGUAGAUUGGUGGUCCUCACCUUUGAAACCAUUGCGUUCCUUCAACGUUACAGCAAACACGAAAAGAGAAAGGCUGGCCCGGGCCGAAAAUCGAACGCGGAGCAUGCGAUAGCCUUUUACGAAUAUCUUGUGGGUUUCGAAGAUAAGAGUACGCACGAUAUCGAUACCGAUGACGACGAAAAAAGUGCAACCAGUAGCAGUGACGAAACAAUAGACACRSAAGAAUUUUUAAAUCAACACGACAAUGUCUGCGACGUAUGCAAUUUAGGAGGAGAACUCGUUUGCUGUUCUACCUGCACUCUUGCCUUUCACCAGGAUUGUGUGCGACCCGUCAUGAAAUCAAUCCCAUCCAGUUGGAGCUGCCCUUACUGCAUCACCCAAGGCAUUCAUAAUUACAAACGCCACUCCAAAACCUGGAAAUCUGCCGCUUCAGGGAUCCGACAGAUGAAUAAAAUGAAAUUAGAAAAGGAAAUAGUGCAAAGAGAAGAAGAACACGACGAAGAAGAAAAGAACAAAGAUGAUACAAUUCAGGGUACAAARGGCGAGGGAGGAACGACAGUCGAAGAAGAGGAAUCCAAAGCCCCCAAUGGAACAAAUUCAAUUGAGACAGAACAGUCGUCUACCAAAAACAGUGAGAAGGGAAAGAGGAAAGGCAAUAUUGAAGGAMGAGGAGAUUCUGAAAGGCAGGCAUCUSAAGAAACUUCUCGAAAACAGCAUUCAAAAGAGAAAGUAAAUACGGCAUCAUCAUCUGUUGUUUCGAGCACUCCAUCCGCCAAUUCUUCCGUAAGCAGCAAUAGCGAUAGUAAACGGAACACGUCUCUGGACAGAAAAAGUGGUGCAGAAAGUCUYGUGGUUCGUAGUAGACGCCAGCGCAAACAACCCUCAUUGUAUCAACCUCAAAUGUGUGCAGAUUCUCAAUGGAAGUCAGAUGAAAAAAAGAGGAAGGCCGAUGAUCACUCUGAUAGCAGUUUUGAGAGCAGCAGCGAAGACGACAGUGRUUCCAGUAGAAAUAGCGCAGACUACGAAGUCGAUCCCAAGUCGACAAAAAGCAACUCGUCGAAGACGACCGUCAGAACCCGUAAGGAAAGUGUUUUGGGACACGAAAUAGAAGACGAUGUUGCCGUGCGCGUUGGYAGAGCAGAGGGCGAGAGGAAAAGCAAUGAAAGAAUAUUUUGCAAUUUCUGCCACGAUGACCCAUCGAUACCCAUCUGUGUGUUUUGCGGGUGUCGGGUUUGCUUUGGUAAACACGACAAAAGCACGCUACUCUUGUGCGAUAGUUGCGAUAAUGAAUAUCACACUAUCUGCCUUGGACUCUCAAGCGUGCCAUCGACUAAAAACUGGUACUGCCCAGAUUGUGASAAGACCAAAACUGAAGACGUUGYUGUAACUAGGCCGUCAUCCAAACGCAGGGCAUCGGCGGUAGCGAAAGCCAUGAGUGGUACUGGCACGGAAGAAAAUACGCAACGAAGACAUUCCUCCAAAAAGAACAAGGCUAUAGCAGCCGRAGUGACAGCAGCAAAGAUAUCAACAACGACGACCACAAGGUCGACGCUUGUCGAAACCCCGAGAAGGAGGGGCAGAGGUCGCCCCCCGAAAAUAAAAGUYGAAAAUGAACCUUYACCUGUUCCUCAGCUACCUCCUCGCAGACGAGUUAAAACUCCGAAAGCGGCUGCAAACUCGGCUGACCCAACAGAGCAACAAYAUCAACGGAAACGUGGAAGGCCAGAGAAGUCGACUACGAACACUUCCUCCUCRUUUUCUUCUGCUAAAGCUACUGCUGCUACUCCACCUUCUUCCGGAAGAAAAAGAGGAAGGCCUCCAAAGACCGCUGUAGAAGCACCCGUUGUAACAUCGAAGACUGCAUCGCGAAAGAGGGGAAGGCCACCCAAGUGUUCACCUGACCCGGCGUUGAUUACAAACAAAGUCGAUUCAGGUGGAAAAAAGAAAGCGACAAAACCAAUCUCUCCUCCUGUGUCGACUGUUUCCAUUAAAACUUCCUGCUCUUCUACUGCAUCCGAAGUUGCAGGAAGAUCCCAAGAGCMUAUGAAGGUUAAGGUCAGCCGUGUCAGUGGUAGAACCGUUAAGAGAGCAUCUUUUCAUGACGAAGUUGAUGARGGGGAACAGCAUCUUAGAGCUUCUAAGACACCUCAAGUGGAAGAGAAUCAGACAAGAAACGGCACUCCGAAAGCAAUUGUUUCAAAGUCUCAAGAAACUCGGGGUCACGAUCGGAGGCAAAAGGAGGUGCCAGAGAAGGUGCAUGAACCGCCCGAACCAACACGCAAAAAACAAAAGGUAGAAGAGAAAGCACAACCCCGACCCAAGGUUGCUUCCCUCGGUAGCAAGACCGWAUCAACAAAGAGCGAUAUUUCGGUAUCGUUAGCAGCCGAAGACAAGGACMACGAAAURUCGGGUCAGCCCCCCGUUGCACCCGUUCGAAUGAAACCCAUCCUGGAUCCGCCCGCACCACCCAUUGCACCCAUUCGAAAUAAAUCUGCAUUGGAUCCAACCGCGUCGUUAAUCCCACACGUCCUYAUAAAACCCGUAUUAGAUACGCCAGCCCAACCAGUCCGAAUGAAGCCCGUUUUGGAUUCUUCCACGCCUAGAUUGCCGCAGAAARCAACGCUUCUGGACAACUUGAAGCCAACAGACAAAGCAGAGAAUGCCAUGGUUUCGAAAAUACCUAUCAACAAUUCAGCUCGUAGUGAAGAGAAGAGUUGUACGAAAAAUGGCGUUGCAAAUACGGUUGCUGUCGCCAAGAAGCCUAUGAUAAUCAACAAGGCAGGAUCCCAAUCAUCAUCUCUCCCCCCAGCGAUCAACACUCCAUCUGUGGCUGCCGCCGCUAAUGCUCCUACUAAGAGUGCUACCACAGUGAAUGAAACGAGUACAAUUUCCGCSAAUGUAGUCCAAAAACCUACCCCAGCAUCGAAGAACGAGAUUCCGAUUAGUUCUAGUAAACCAAGCUCCAGUACUACAGCAGUUCCGAACUAUCCUAGCACGCCCAUAUUGGACCUUGUGGCUCUGGAAGCUGCCGUCAGGGCGCUCCCYGAACCCGAAGACAAGGGAACUAAAAAGGGAAUCACGAAAAUCCCUCGGCGUAAACCCGGAGCUCGAGAAUGCAUGCAGAUWUCCAGGCGUUUCGGGGUCAACAUUAUUCCCGAAAAAUAUAUGAAAAUUCUUCUUGAUUAUUGUCGCCGGGGAAAGGUCGAGCACCUGAUCAAGAUGAGGGAACGUUUGGAUUGCCACUCUCGUUUUCUUGAGUCCCAGCUCGCAGGAUUAGAGGCCCGCAUCAAGGAGGUGGGAGAUUCAAAGAUUGUCGUCCCGGCCGUGCCUCCCCAUAAGCGAGAAUCCUCUGGAAGGAACCGUGKUGGGAGAACUACACCUCCUCCUUCGCUUCACAARCGAUCGACAAUAACYCMAUCCUCAUUGACAAUUUCGRGAAAGACGACCACCAAGACCACCGUGGCUUCGAUCACAUCGGGCAGGAUACCACCACCGGUGAAGUCCCAGGUGCCUUCGGCGGUCGCUGCUGCCGCAGCCGCAAUAGCCGCCGGCACCACACCGAAACGUCCGGCACCACCAAAGGCACCAACUGUGGCUCCGGUCUCAUUUGCGGCGGCGCCUCGACCAGCGGUCCAGAACUCGACCAUGACUAGCAAAACUAAGAAUACUUGAGCACAACCAAAUGGAUUCGAUAUGUUCCAACGCAAGAAAUUCGAUCCGUUGGCAUGCUUUGCCAAAACUUAGCGGGUGGUGAAAACAAAAGAGGGCAAAGCUAAAGAGUGGAGUAAUUGGAUUGUCUGGAUAGUUGUUCAGAUUCUGCAAUUAGAAGUAAUAUGUAUCUGCCGGAUCAUUUGUGUGCUACGGUCUACGGUACAGCGUUUGGCACAGUUCAAUUGUUACGUCGGUAAUAUCUAUGGUACAUACAGAACAUAUGAAUUCUUAAAGAAACACUCUUCCUUCGUGAGAAACAUCUCAUUUUCCAAUCCCGCGGGAUCGGACGUAAUUGCAACGGCUAGUUAAAACKUGUCGCGAGCCAACCCAAUAAGACGUUCAGUACUGUUCKAUACGUAAUCUAGAUACCUCUGCUACAAAAAUGCGCCUGUUUUAGAGAGAAUUGUUUUCAAGUAYGSUACAAGUACGUGGACAAGUACCCGUACUUGGUACUACRCAGUAGACCGGCCGMACUGCUGUGGCGAACGGUAGAAAAAAUACUUGUACCCCAGUUUUUAAAUACUUUCUAACCMRAGGCAUCCWUGGUCAAAACAUUCUGACGGURCGUAACCCUCAAUCUCCAUCGAUCCACCUAUCGCCGCUGUCGUUGCUCAUCGCCACCUGUUGUGACUGUAUUGAAAUUUGACAGUCCUAGUAUCCUUGCAAAUUGUUUAAGGUAUCUUUUKAUCAACGAAACAAGGAGUAUCGGCGAGGAGUCUUUCACUGCCGAGUAKUUGUCACGCAUUUUCAGUUGAACAGACGAUUGGAUUUAUUCGGAUCGAUUCGUUUCGAUUGGAUUGGCUUGGAUUGGAUUUGACUUGACUUGAUUGACACUGCUGUAUUGUGUUUGAAAAGAUACACAAACACAAACAAGUACACACAGGCUUCUGCAUCGAUUUGCCURCCAAGACCCCACCAUGGAUCGUCAAUUGCUGGCCCGCGCCACGGAGAACUCCGAAGCCCCAACUCCGGGCUACAUGUAUCUGGACAUUGCCAAAAACGCCGCCGGUAACCCGCAAACGAGCGCCGAUAUUGCCAAGUACCUGACGGGGCGACUGGCGUCCAAAAACAACCCAAACAUCAAAUUCAAAUGCCUCAAGGUCAUUGCCAAAACCGCCGAAUCUCCCUAUUCGMGAGGGCAAUUCAAGCGCUGCCUGUCGCAGGAUCCCCGAGCCAUGGCCGCGAUCAAGGAGGCCACGCAAUUUCGGGGGCGCCCGGAUCCGGUGCGUGGAGAUCAGCCUUUCGAAAAGGUGCGCCAGGCUGCUAAGGAAGCACUCGAUGCGAUCUAUUCCGACACGCCGGCCGUGGCUCCGUCCGGCGGAGGUGGUUCCUUUGCCUCGUCGGUCUCGAGCAGCUACGGGAAUCCUUCGGGAGGCUACGGGGGUGCCCCGCCUCCCGGUGCGGGAGCUGGGCCUCGCCGCAUGGAGGGCAUUGGCAACCCCAUGUUCAGUGAUCCCCGAUUGGAACCCCAGCCCCAGGGCAUUAGUAACAUGACGGUCAACGAGGUCGUCAGUGAGGCGAAAGACACCAUMAUUGGUAUGAUCAAGGAUCCCUUGGCGCGCAAUGCCUCUGUGCAGAUAAGCAAUAGACAGGGCCAGAUGCCUCGUCCGGGAAGCUAUUCGGGACCAGGAGGUUCGGUAAGUUUAUUGUUUUGCUGCCGACGUGUGCAAGACCCGGAUUUGUUUUGCUCGUUUGACCCGAAAGWCUAAUUUGUGUCAUCAUCGUGCCUUUUYGACGACGAAACAAUCAACGUUGCUCUUUGCCGAGGUCAGUUCAAUAGUGSCCCCCCAGGUAGAUCGAAUCUGAUGAACCAAACGAAUGGACAAUGGACCAUGGCGUCGAAUCGUGGASCGGGUGCGGUGGCGCCACCUCCAAAUUACGCCAACGAUUCCGCAUAUUACAAAUCGAGGGAAGCCGCAGGUGGCAACGCUUAUUCCUGGGCGCAGGCGAAUGCUGGUGGUGCUGCGGGUGGUGUAGGUGGAAGCUGGGGUGCAGCAGCAACUGCGCACCAAGCGACGCCGUCCAUUACUGUCAAUACGAUUCCUGGUAUGGGUGCUGGUGUUAGUGGUGGUGCAGGAACAGGAGUAUCGGAUGGAUCGUACGAAAAACAACUAGUGAUGGAACUUUGUCCGCCCGGUGGAAUGAAACCAGAACCACCACCGGACAAGCUCGCUCAAUUUGCGCGAGUCGUAUCGAGUCUCAAUCCCGAUUUCGUGUGUCCCGUUCUCUUGGAUUGCAUGGAAGAAGGACAACCUUGGAUCAUCCGUGCUAAGGCGCUUUGUGCCAUGGAGUGCWGCAUCAAAAACGGACAGAAACCCGGUGCCCCGAGCAAUGCAUWUGCCGAUUUUCUCCACGCGUGCAAUGGUGAAUUUGCUCCACUCGCAAAUCAUUCCCGUGCUGCCAUCCGAGACCCGGCCAGACGUGUUUUGAACCUGCUGGGAGUUGCCACUCCCGUAGGUGGAGCUGUCAUGCCUCCGGUGUCGCAUGCUGCUGCACCCGUAGCAGCGCCUCCUGCUGCCGCACCACCGGCACCCGUUGCGAAUCUAUUGGACUUUGAUAGCGAUGUACCAGUGGCAGCACCUGCGCCGGUGGCUCCUYCUCCACCGCCCCAGCAAUCUCCUCCCAAGGCUCCGAAUGCAGCAGCGGGCGGUGGAAGUUUGUUCGGUGGUUUGAACAUGGCAUCGACUCCAUCGACGGCAUCCGCUGCUGCACCACCCGCAGCACCRCCUGCAGUAGCACCUCCAGCCCCAGCAGCCGAGAAUGGUUUGCUCGAUUUGAUGUCGGGAGGUGCUGCCUCACCAGCAGCGGCGUCAAGUGGCACAGCAGAGCCAAAAUCCGCCUUUGGGUUCAUGAACACAGAAACAGCCGCACCUGCACCYACUCCUCCUGUAGCUGUAGCACCAGCUGCCGAUAUGUUUAGCAAUUUGUCCSUGAAAGGUGCAGACGAGCCAAAAUCGUCAGAACCGGCACCAGCUGUCRCAACUCCAUCCGCAACAACUGGUUCGGCCUUUGGUUUCAUGAACACAGCUGCGGGGACCCCAACCGCCGGAGCGGCUACCGCCCCCACCGCGUCUCCAUCGACAGACUCUUUUGAUCCUCUGAAAAACGCUGCUUCGCCCAGCACCCAGACRAAAAUGAUGUCGAUGUCUCCCGAACAAAUGCAGGCAAUGAUGUACCAGCAAAUGAUGAUGCAGCAACAAAUGCAAAUGGCGCAGAUGCAAAUGGCGAUGCAACAGCAACGUGGAGCCACCUUUAUGACAAUGCCGGGUCAUGUGAUGCAAAACCCGGCAGCUUCCAAAUCGACCUUUGCCUUUAUGGACAAGCCGCAGAAAAAGGACGACAAAUCCUUUGACUUCGUSAAGGACGCCAUGAAAUCUGAAAAGUAAACGGUAGAAGAAUUGCAUGAAAAUGGGAU